AUGCCUGGUCCAGUGUACCUACAGUCCCCCCCCCAGCGCUCGACUUCGCUCGUCAAGCAGAUCGCGGAGAAUAGCUUCGGUCCCGGCACACGAGUCCUACAGGACGAACUAUACCCCGUGAAGAUCGAUAACGUGAAGAGAACCGAGGUACUGGAUGAGAAGGGCGACGUCAGGGCUGAAGCGGCGGAGGCACUUAGCCGAGAAAACGAGACCACGGUUGCCAAGAUAUCUUGGCUGAGCAAGAAAGACGUGCCCAAGGCGUAUGGGUCCAUGGUCGUGUUCGUGACGAAGGCCAGUGAUACGCGUAGACUGAUCUCCGAGGGCUUCUUCCACGUCGGAGGAGAGUCCGGCACGACGAUGGCAUUUGAGCGGCGGCCACGUCCUCAACAGUGCUACAACUGCCAGCAGAUUACCAGGCACAAGGCGUACCAGUGCGUGAACUCCCAGGUGUGUGGGCGCUGCGUCAAGGCUGAGGUCCACGAGAGUUUGAUGAAUGACGAGGCGUUGCGCGACUUCACGGCCAUAGCGGUGCAGGAGCCAUGGGCGCGGAGGAUAGAGGGUAAGGUCAUCACUGCUCCGAUGGGACAUAGCAGGUGGACGAGGUUGGUACCGACGGAGUGGAGGGACGAAGGAAGAUGGGGAAUCAGGAGUUUGCUGUGGGUGAACAGAGAAGUAGAGGCGGAACAGGUGCCGAUAGCGUCCUCGGAUAUUACUGCGGCCGUUGUACGGCUUCCUGAUCGAAGGCUGCUGGUGGCGUCGGUGUACGUGCCGGUGCAGAAGCCGGAGAUGCUGCGGCAGGCGUGCGAUCUGCUGAAGCAAGCUAUCACAAAUGUCCGAGGAGAAACAGGCGAAAGAGUGGACGUGGCCCUAGUAGGAGACUUCAACUGCCACGACUACCUGUGGGGAGGCGACGAUGUGUCGGAGGGCCGGCAAGGCGAGGCAGACCCGAUCAUCGAUUUGAUGAGCGAGUACUCGCUCCGCAGCCUCCUUCCGCGUGGCGCGAAGACGCGGGAGAAGAACGAUGCGGCAACGACCAUCAACCUAUCCCUCGCGUCCGAAGGGCUAGCAAGGACGGUGGUACGAUGCGCCCUGCGCGAGACAGACCACGGAUCGGACCACCGGGCGAUCGAGACGACCUUCGACAUUGCCGCGCCUGAGAUAGAAAGCCGACCACGGCUCCUCCUCAAGAACGCUCCAUGGAAGCGAAUCAAUGAGAGAGUGGAAGCAAACCUAGAACGAGUGCCAACGGGAGGUACAGUGCAGCAGCAGGCGGAUCGACUGAUGCCUGUGCUGCGCGAGGCAAAGAAGAGCCAUUGGGAGGACUUUCUGGCCGACGACACAAACAUCUGGAAGGCCGCGAAGUAUCUCGACGCCAGUAGAGGGGCUUUCUUCGACAAGAUACCCCAACUUAAAAGGGCGGACGGCUCCCAAACGGAAGACGCCGCAGAGCAGGCCGAAGAGCUGCUCUCCACAUUCUUCCCUCCUCUUCCCAGCACGAUCGAGGAGGAGGGCGAGCGGUCACAGAGAUCGCCGGUACCCUUCCCCAACUUCACACUGGGAGAAGUAGAGAGACAGCUCUUUGCGGCAAAGUCGUGGAAAGCUCCCGGAGAAGACGGUCUGCCGGUGGCAGUGUGGAAGCACACAUGGCCAGUGGUGAAGGGGAGGAUGCUUGCACUCUUCCAGGCCUCACUCGACGAAGGGCUGUUACCGAGGCAAUGGCGACAUGCCAAGAUCAUCCCGCUGAAGAAGCCAAACAAAAGCGACUACGGCAUAGCGAAGGCCUGGCGACCGAUCUCGCUUCUGUCAACGCUCGGAAAAGUGCUAGAGUCGGUCGUAGCAGAACGUAUCUCGCACGCGAUCGAGACGUUUGGCCUCCUCCCUACGAGCCACUUUGGCGCUCGCAAGCAGAGGUCGGCAGAGCAGGCGCUGUUACUGCUGCAGGAGUACAUCUACAGAGCGUGGAGAAAGAGAAAGGUGGUCAGUCUGGUCAGCUUUGAUGUCAAGGGAGCCUAUAAUGGUGUGUACAAGGAGAGACUACUCCAAAGACUCAGGGCGCGGGGUAUCCCCGAGAAGCUGGUGAGAUGGGUGGACGCUUUCUGCUCCCACAGAACGGCAAGCAUCCUAGUCAACGGUCACGAGUCCGAGGCUCGUCCGUUACCACAAGCCGGUCUGCCUCAGGGCUUGCCGCCGUCACCCGUGCUGUUACUCUUCUCCAAUGCCGACCUCGUACAACACCAGAUCGACGAGAACGGGGGCGCGCUGGCCUUCGUCGACGACUACACGGCGUGGGUUACAGGACGAUCGCGAGAAGCAAACCGGGAAGGCAUCCAGAACAUCAUUGACAGAGCACUCGAGUGGGAACGACGAAGCGGGGCGACAUUUGAGACGGACAAGACGGCCAUCAUCCACUUCACGCGCAACUGGAGACUGCCGGCAGAUUCGACCAGUUUCGUCAUGAAAGGUGACACUGUCCGAGCAAAGGACCACGUCAAGGUGCUAGGGGUGACGAUGGACACGAAACUUCGUUUCGAAAAACACAUCGCAGACGCGACGACAAAAGGGCUGGAGGCCGUGCUGGGACUCAGGCGGCUCAAAGGUCUGUCUCCGGCGGCGGCCAGACAGCUCUUCGUGGCGGCCGUGGCACCAACGAUGGACUACGCGUCGAAUGUCUGGAGAUUUAGAUGUCGAGCAGCGCAGAUGAGGGUGAUCAACCGAGUGCAGAGGAUUGGCGCCCAAGCGAUCGUGGGAACCUUCAACACAGUGGCCACGGCGGUCGCUGAAGCGGAGGCAAGCAUACAAUCGGCGUAA